AUGGAGAAAGAACAUUUAAAUGUGACACGCCGGAAAAUCACACACCAAAACUCCUUAACUCUCACUCCUUGGACUUCCCAUACCGAACACCGCUUAUACUCUUCCAACCUCCUCCACGCGCUCCGCCGCAACAACAAUCCUACCUCCGCCCUCCAAGUCCGCGCCACCGCAGACCGCGUCCUCGCCGCCACUACCAAAGGCCGAACUCGCUGGAGCCGCGCCAUUCUUGCAAAUUCAUUCGGUCGGUGGAGGAAGCAGAAGCAGAGGCACCACAAGAAGGUCAAGAACUACUCCGCCAACAAAUGUAUGAAGAAGACCACACCGGAGAUUCGGAGAAGGUUACCGGCGGUGCAGAAGAAAGCGCACGUUCUCAGAAAGUUAAUCCCUAGUUGCCGGAAGGUGUCGUUCCCGAAGCUCUUGUUUCCCAAGUGGCUCAACUCAGAAAAGAGAACCAACAAAUACUCACAAGCAUCAACAUCACCAUGCAACAGUACCUGAGUGUUGAGGUUGAGAACUCGGUGCUUAGGGCUCAGGUGGGUGAGCUUAGUCACAGGUUAGAGUCUCUGAAUGAGAUCGUUGACGUGUUGAAUGCCACUAU